GGAUGAGUCAGCAACAAGGAGGAUAUCAACGGUCUGUGGAGAACCUGACAAGUGGCGAUCAGGCCAAUGUGAACUUGGUCAAAGCGAAAGGCUCAGCACCAGCUCCAACCACUGGCGAGAAGAAGCAAGCAAAGCAGAACUCCCUCAGCGGAAAUUGGAGCAGGGCCGAGCAUGCGGACCCUCGAGAUCCGAGGGCGCAGGGACAUCCGUGCUACGGGACCCUCACAGCGAUGGCAGAAGGCCGUGGUUUUGUCUCAGGGAGGAACGGGCACGCUCGUUGGCAAGUGUGCGAGACUUGUCGGCUGCGCAUCCUCUAUGAUGCAGCGACGGCAGUUGCCAGUGUGACCCCGGCUGUGGAGCACGAUGUGACAGUUCGGGAGCAGUUGAGCACCAAGGCCGUCGGCAUCAAAGGGGCCAAAGAGAGCUUGAAAGCUCGCCUGCAGAAGCUGGAGAACGAAGAGAAAGCUCUACCAAAGACCGCUCGCCUUCAGCAAGUUCCGAACCGAGACCACGAGAAGCCGGCAGAGGAGGGGGAGACCGAGGGUUGGGAUUCAGAAGUAUGUGCUGGCGUUUCUGAACUUGAAAGAUGCUGCCACUUAAAUGAGAGCUACAAGGAUUUUCUGCAGGAGAAGGCGAAUGACAUCCUGCAGGCCCUUGGGGAGCUCCUGACAGUCACCGGCAGUCCUUUGCAGUGUGAUCUACUUGAGCUUUGCUGUCCUCCAGGCAGUCGACUGGUGAGUACUAUGUUGGAUCAUGGACAAAGAGCUCUACGUAUUGGACUCCCUGCGAUUGACCUGAACACAAAGGUUGGACUUCAGGAGGUCAAGGGCAUGAUCAAGAAGCACAGGCCAAAGGUUCUUUGGAUUUCACUACCAUGCGGUCCAUACUCUCCUAUCCAGAAGUUGUUCAACGAGGACACCCCAGAGAAGAAAGAAAAGAGCCUCUUGCGCAAACGUCACGCGCGCAAGUGGAACAAGGACGGAUGGCACGUGCAAGAAAUGCGGCAGUUUCUUCAAGCGCUCAAGCACCUUGGAGUAUAUCAUGAAGCCAACAUCCAUGGUUGUGCCUAUGGUUUGGAUACCCAGAAGGCCAACUACUUCAAGAAACCUUGGCAAGUUGUGUUGACUUCACAGAUGAUGGCAAUUAAGUGCUCUGGAACGAAGAUGCCCAGGUCACGAUCACAUGAUGAGUGCUUGGGCGGCACUGACGCCCCGAAUUCAGGUUUCUAUCCACAGCAGAUGUGCAAUCAGAUUUCGAGAAAAGAUAUGAUAGCAUACCGAGCGUUUCCUUCGGAUACUCUGACAGAGGACCCAACCAAGACCUAUAAGCCUCUGACAGAAAAGGAAAAGCAGUCAAGCCUGCGACUGCUUGAGAAACUCCAUCGCCGUACCGGGCACCCUUCCAACAAUGCCUUAAGCCGUAUGCUUGAACACCGUGGAGCUCUCCCUGAGCUGAUAGAGCUAGCUCGCAAGCAUGUUUGUCCAGACUGUCAAGAGCUACGCCUUGCCCCUUUGAAUCCAAAAACGUCUUUGGAACGGUCAGAGACUCUGUGGGAAACGAUAGUCUUGGACAAUGCAGAGUUUCCAAUAGAUGGCAAGGUGCUGCAUUGA